AUGUCGCUGAAUGAGGGAGCUUUGGCGACCGGGCCUCUUCAGAAGGCUAACCAGAAGAAGAAGAAGGAGCGUGACCCUUUGACCGAGCCCCUGUCUCGACAGGGCAAGCGCCGGCGCCUCCUGGAAGAGAGUGUCCUCACUGCCACUGAGGAAGGCGUGUAUCAGCCCAAGACCAAAGAGACUAGGGCUGCCUAUGAGGCCAUGCUGAGUGUCAUUCAACAGCAUCUUGGCCGGCAGCCUCUCAGCAUUGUUAGCGGCGCGGCUGAUGAGAUUCUUGCAGUGCUCAAGAUUGAGAAGCUUUUGAAUCCUAUUCCUAAUCAAGUGUUUGAGAGGCUGUAUCCGAAAUAGUGUUAAAUAAAAUAUAAGUCAACUAUUUAGGUUCUGAAAAAAGAUUGGGUUUUUGGCGUGGUAACCUAGCUAGCUAGAUGUGAUACGAGGGAGAAGACACUCCAAAACUGAAAUUUUCGGAAAUUAAAAGGCGAUUUUGAAUAAAAUUUUAAUUUUUGGUGCAAAG